GAAUGAGGCGAACGCUGGGUGUAGCCUCCACUUCCGGCUCCCAUUGGAAAAGGGUGGGGGAAUUUUUUCCUCGCGUUUUGUGUGGUCAAUUCCUUGUGCGUGGAGGAGAAAGCUGCAAGUUGACUUUUUUUUCGCCUAUCUGAUGGUUAUAUUAGAAAACUAAUUCCAUAAUGUUAAUGGAAAUAAGCCAGGCACAAGCAGUCAUUGGAAAUCGUUAACCUCGUUUCAUCAUCAAGAAGAUCUGAACUGAAAUUCUGAAGUAACGGCAGCCUUCUGUGACUUGCCAAGAUGUUGGAGGAAGAUAUGGAAGUGGCCAUCAAGGUAGUGGUGGUUGGAAAUGGAGCCGUUGGGAAAUCAAGUAUGAUCCAGAGAUAUUGCAAAGGAAUUUUUACAAAGGACUACAAGAAAACCAUUGGAGUUGAUUUCCUGGAAAGAGAAAUGCAAGUCAAUGAUGAAGAUGUACGACUGAUGUUGUGGGACACAGCAGGUCAAGAAGAAUUUGAUGCUAUUACUAAAGCAUAUUAUAGAGGAGCCCAGGCGUGUGUACUUGUGUUUUCAACCACUGACAGAGAGUCCUUUGAGGCAAUCCCAACCUGGAGGGAGAAAGUCGUAGCUGAAGUUGGAGACAUUCCCACCGUCCUUGUCCAGAAUAAAAUUGACCUUCUGGAUUAUUCAUGCAUAAAGAAUGAAGAAGCAGAGGCACUAGCAAAAAAGCUGAAAUUGAGAUUCUAUCGAACAUCUGUAAAGGAAGACUUAAAUGUAACAGAAGUUUUUAGGUAUUUGUCUGAGAAGUACCUUCAGAAGCUCAAGCAGCGAAUAAUUGAAGACCCAGAAGUAGUUCAUAAAAGUAGUAAAAAAAUUGGUGUCUUCAACACAGCAGGAGGAAGCCAUUCUGGCCAAAACUCCAACUUGCUGAAUGGGGGCGGCGACGUCAUCAAUCUGAGACCCAACAAACAAAGGACCAAGAAAAACCGGAGCCCUUUUAGCAACUGCAGCAUCCCCUAAUGCUGCUGCAUAUGAGCAAAAAAGACAGUCUGGCGAAGCUGUUCAGAUGAAGUCUAUUAGGAACAGAGCUGGCUUUUUUAACCAGUGCUUUAGCAGAUGUUGCACACAUUGGAUCCCACACAGAGAGUGGGUGGUACUGCUGUUAAGAUGAAUUGUCAUUAUUAUUGGCAUAUAAUGGGACUCCUGGUGGCAUGGAAAUAGGACCAUUGCCCCGUGCAUUUAAUUUUGUUUUUAAUAGGACAACUUUCAGGUUGAAAGGUAUGAUGUCUUAAAGUGUACGGUAGGUUUUUUAACAUUAAGCUGACCAUGCUUAAAUAUCGCUAUAAUACAUAAUUGUCUGAGAUGAAAUUAUAUUUUCUACUUAGUUGUCUAAUUAGCAAGUUAUUGUAAAACUGAGAUUAACAGUUCCUUAAACUGCCCAGUGCACAUCCUGGCAACAUUGAUGGUGCAAUAUUUAUAUAGCAUAGAAGGUAGUCAUACAUCCCUAAUAUUAAAACAGAUACCAGGUUCAGCUGUAAGCCUGAUACAUUCUGAUAAGUGGCCUCUUAAAAGUAAUUUAGAUUUUUUUUAAUUAACUUUUAAACAAGCCUUUCUGAAACGGUACUACUGCCCACAUUCAAACAUUCCCUGCACUGUCCGCCUUAACUUUGAAAAUUUUAUCCCGUGCCAAAAACUAACUUCAUGCUGCUACACUUAGAUAUUUACUUAAUUUUAUGAAAGUUAUCAGUUCUAAAUUUCAAUGAGGCAAGGAGAUGAUAAAUGGUACAGCCAGGCAAAACAGGGGUUUGUCCUUAAAAAUCAAUAGUAGCUUCUAUAUUUAUAUAUUUUAAAGGGAAAAAAGAAACCAUGGUGAAAUAUUAAACUAGUUGUCAAAAGAUUAAAGUCCUUUCUUGGAGUUUCUUCAGUGCAUCCUGUAAUAAUAUUGUGCAACCUAAGUUAGGGAAAUAAGCCCCCUCCCCUUUUGUCAUUUUAAAAGUGUGCCUGCUUUUACUCACUUUGCCUAAAUGUAAACCUUGAAAUCUCAUGCUUGCUUUCCUGGGUCAAAGCCCCCUUUCCUAGGUUUAUGGGGCCUUUUUUUUAAGUAAACAUGCAUAGGACUAAACUCUCAUUGAUAUUGAUGUACUUCCAUAUUGAAUGUAUUGAGACUUUUUAGAACUACAGGGUCAUUGGUAAAACAGUAACUCUAGUUUUCAUUUUGAAGCAUGCAAUGCGCCUACAUUAUGGCUUCUGUUUACAUGUCACUGUGUAAUAUUUCAGCAGUAUUCCUGUAACCAUGUUCUGCCAGCAGCAAAUUGCUCUAUUUCUCAGUAAUUUUGAAAUACCAGUCAUUUUAGAAGCACAUUACAUUCAAGAGCAAAUAACAUUAUCUGGAGCUCUACCAGCUAAACUGCACAAUUGCUUUUAGAUAAUGAUCUCUUAUGAAGAAUACUUUAAGAUAAACCUUCCCACCAUAUUUCUGUAUCUGGUUAUAUUUUUGGAGAAGGUUUCUAAUAAACCUGAAAUCUAUGCUUUCUUCCCAGUGAGGUCUUGGUCCAGCUGCCUCAUAACAUUUGAAUGAGAAACACAAUUAUAUAUACUGUAUUUCUUCAAUUCUCAGAUGCCACUUAUUGUAAGACGCACACUAAUUUCAAUAGCACCAACAGAAAAAAAAGCUUUACUCGUAUAUAUUAAAAAAAUACCUGCAAUUCUAAGAUGCACCCUGUUACAAGAUAUGUUUAUAUGGGGAGAAAGUGUGUCUUAGAAAUACAGUGUAUAGUGAACAGUGUAAGAUCCCAUUUGCUUUUGUAACCAUUCCCAUUGCUGGCAAUGAGGUGGCCAUUGCAGCUGUCGAGCCCUUCUGUCAUUUUGAAGUGUUGGAUCAAAUCCUAUGUUUUUAACCAAUUUACCUGGUCACUGGGUGGCUGUACCUGUAUGAGUCCAAAUUGUAUUUGUCUUGCUGUUAAACAACCUGGAUUUCAGUCUGUAGGGCUCAGUGUGCACAUUAUUUUUAUAUGGAAAAUUUUUACAUUAAAACUGUUAGCCUUA